AUGACUGACAUUCCGAAAAGCCUGAAGCGCGAUCUGGAACCCAAAUACAAGAUCGACUAUGGAAGUGUGUUGCAGAAUCAGCACUCGGUGGAUGGCACACGCAAGAUGCUUAUUGGUGCUGUAUUUAUCCCAGAGGACCACCGCGGAACGCUCUGUGUCUCGUCGCAAAUUGGGUGCUCGUUGUCGUGCCGUUUCUGCCACACAGGGACACAAAAACUGUAUAGGAAUCUCACUGCUGCCGAGAUCGCGGGCCAGUACAUGAUCACAGCGAGUCUCUUGGGCGAUUUCCCUCUAUCUGUGAACCAGCAGCGCAAGGUGUCCAACAUCGUGUUCAUGGGGCAAGGCGAGCCGCUGUACAAUUUUCGCAAUGUCAGCAACGCAAUUCAGCUUCUGACCGACAAAGCUGGUAUCGGCCUGCCGUCCUGGCGCAUAACUGUUUCGACCUCGGGCGUCGCACCGCUGAUUCCGCGCAUAGCCCAGGACAUGCAGGUCGGGCUGGCCAUCUCUCUGCACUCAGCUGACAAUGACUUGCGCAGUGAGAUCAUGCCUAUCAACAAAACAUACCCUCUGCCAGUUCUGAUGGAGAGCUGCCGCGACUACGUUAAGCUGUCGAGCCAGCAGACCCGGCGGAUCACAUUUGAGUAUGUAAUGCUCAGCGGUGUCAAUGAUUCAGACACUGACGCGCAGCGCCUGGUGGACCUGAUCAGGAGGCUCCCGGCCCAUGUCAACCUAAUUCCGUUCAACCCCUGGCCCAGCAGCAUUUAUACGGCGUCACCACCGGCACGGGUGGCUCACUUCUGCAGUCUAAUCCGGCAGAGUGGGAUUCACGCAUCGGUGCGGACACCGCGCGGCGACGACAUUCUGGCAGCGUGCGGGCAAUUGAAAAGCUUACACGACACGAAGCGAUCGGCCGAGGCGAACCGGCUCUAA